AUGGACAAUUUGUUAGAUGAUUUACUGGUGGAGAUAUGGAGUCGAGUUCCUUGCAAGGUGGCUGUGAGAUGUAAAUCCAUCUCCAAGCGCUUCUUAUCUUUAAUCUCCAGCCCCGAGUUCAUUCACCGAUCCAUCAUCUAUCACCACCACCACCACAUGAACCACGAUGAGCACGAGAAACAAUGGUACUUGAAUUUUGUCUCCAAGCGUAAGCUCCUCAUCUUGUUUUUACCCAACAUUCUUAAUCUUUCCAAUCCUCAAAACCAAAACCAAAACCAAUUGUCUUUGAGUUUUCUGGGUCCAACGUUCGACCCCGAACUUGAUGAUGUCUUAAAAGAAGACAUCCUUUAUACGAGGAUCGUGGGAUGUUCCAACGGCUUGCUUCUCUGCAAAAAAUCAUUACUUGAGAGUGUCUACUUUGUGUGCAACCCUGUUACCAGGGAUUGGGUCCAACUCCCUCUCCCUCCCCCUCCCCCACUUUCUGAUAAUCAUAGAUUCAACCGUGUGAUUGAAGGGUUUGUAUGUGAACCAUAUUAUCAUGUCGAAGGAAACACCAAAAGGGUCACUUUUAACCGUCACAGGUUCAGGGUAGUGCUUAUUCCUUUCUUUUAUGGAACACAGAGUGAGUUUCUUCGUGGUGUAACAAAGUCCGAGUUUGAAGUGAUGGUUUUCUCCUCCGAGACAGGGCAAUGGAUCACAAAACUUGUGUCCUGCCAAAAGGGUUUUAGUUUUACACAAGCUACAGUUUCUCUGCCUGCGGUUGCACAUGGUGGGAAGCUGUUUUUCAUGGGGAAGAUGAGUCUUUUGGUGUAUGAUCCUUUCCACAGUGAUGAACAGUGUCAUACCAUUGAUUAUCCUACGGACUCAUCUCAAAUAAAUAUUCCUUUCACGGGUCAUGUUGGUGUGUGUUGUGGGAACAUUAGAAUAUCUGCUAUCUAUUCUUCUUAUUUACCCAAUGACCCUUUGAUUGUGGGUGUGUGGGAACUGAAACAGGAGGACUAUUGUGGGUGGCGUUUGUUGCACAGGACUUCGUUUCCUCGGCAGGAGCUGCGAGAUUCUGUGAGGGAUGAGUUAGGAGCAUUCCCAGCAUAUGGACUUGAUGGUUUUGGGGUGGUAGUGCGAGCUUUCCAUCCCCAUCAUGGACAUGUUGUGUUCUUUCAAUAUGCGCAGCGUAUAUUUGUUUGCAAUUUGAAGACUAAUCAGUUUAACACGGUUGGAUACGGGAUUCAUGGGUUUCAAAAUUUGCAAGUAAUAUCACUUGACUUGCCAUGGUGGCCCACUCCAGUACCAUCCAUAGAUUAG